AUGAGACCGAGGGCCCGUAGAGCCCUCACACAACUCCUCAUCUUCGCCUUCUUCCUGAAUAUAAUUCUAAUCCUGAACUGGCCCCAAUCAAAGGCUAAAUCCUUCCCAUGGGCUAAAAUCCGAUAUCAAACUCGCGCCACCACCUUCCCUUCUCAGCGCGGCAUAUGUCCAAAUCUCUCAACCUCAAAAAAGCCCGCACUGAUCGUCUCUCGGGUGGAAUCAGACGGCACUGCGUUCUGGUUAGAUAAACUUGCUGAUAAAUACACAUUAUGUAUUUACGAUGUCGAUAUUGCGGGACAAGAGACAUCCGCGCAUGGAAGUUCCGACUCAUCCUCUGGGUAUCUUCAAGUCCCUGCAAACCGAGGCCACGAAGCAAUGGCCUACUUGACAUUUCUAAUUGACAAUUAUGAGAACUUCCCUUCCGCCGGCGCGGUAUUCAUUCACGGCUCACGAUGGGCCUGGCACAAUGAUGCGCCGGAUUACGACAAUGCGGCGCUUCUGCGUGAUUUGGAUAUUCCCGCCGCUUUGGCACCUUCGGGCUACCACAAUUUGCGCUGCGACUGGAGCGCAGGUACUUGUUCAUCUACCGUGCCGGCGCAAGGUAGUCUCGGAGAUGAGACUACAAUCAGCCGUUACGCCGUGGAGCGCGCGUGCGGCAUCGGAUAUGGCGCUGCCCGGGGCACUAGCAUCGCUUUUCGGCGGCAAUGGUGGAUGGAAGGAGGCUAA